CAGCUCUCCGCACCAGCCGCGCCCACUGCACCAGCGCCCCCUCCUCACUGCGGCGCCAGAGCAGGCGCCUGCAUCUGCAGCUCCGGCUUAUCUUACCGGCUCCAGCUGUACAGAACCAUCCCCGUUGCAGAGGAGGCAGCGGUCGGUCGGAGCUGCAGGUGUCGCCCAGGCUUUGUUCGCCCAGGGCCUGGCCUGAUGCUGGAGAGGCAGCUGGCAGGAGCCCUUGCCUGCCCGGAGAUGACCCCUCCCAUCGAGUCCAUAGAAGUGCCAGCAGCCGAUGCCCCCCAGUUAGGGGGUCCCUGUUCGUGAUGGAGGUUCUUCUUGGUGAUGUUGCCAUUUGGGUGAACCGGAGGCAGGGGCUCGGGAAUCAUGAAGGCAUCCAGGAGGGUGGAAAAGUAUUGGGAGUGAGGUGGGGGCGGGGAGGGGAUUGUGCUUGAUGCUUUUCCAAUUUCAGAGAUGGAGUUGAAAUGUCUUCCUUCGGGUGUGACCCCCGGGGACUAGACAGGUUUGUUGGGGAACAGGAGCAAGCAAUGGGAAAAUGCCCCUGGAGCCUGGGCAGUGAGUAGUCCCCCAGAAAGCUGGGCCAUUUGCUCCAGGCUGUCACGUCCUGGAGACUCUCAGCCUCUGGGGCUGGAAAACCCAGGAGCACAGAGGGCUGGUUUACUUCUAACCUACCAGUCAACAGAAAGGCCUGCUCUAGGAGCCAGCAGCUGGGGAGGGGAGUGUAGCCUGUGCCUCUCCCUUAUCUGCGGUGCUGAGAGAUUAUACUCCGAAUGCCCCUACACUCCCCCAAGCCGUGCCAGCUGGAGUGUUUUAGGGGCCGUGAGGGAAGUGGGCUUUCCACUCUGCAUCUCCCCCGUGAGCACAGGAAGCUUCUAGAAGAAUGGACCAGAGGCGGGGUAGCAUGACUCUGCAUUAUCUUCAGAAGGUGGAGGGUUUCAAGGCAUUGGGUCCCUGAAGUGUCAGGGGAGGUCAGGUCAGAGAUGUCUGUGGGUAGCAUCAGGAUGCUGGACUCUGCUAAAGUCCUGGGGUGACUGUGGAUGAUGACCAAGAGGGAUGCUGCCUCUGUGAGGGAGGAGCAGGAGCUGGAGCUGUCAGCAGGUGGCAGGAGGGUGUGACCCUGAAAGGUAGGAAGCCACAAGCUGCUGUCUGCUCUGGAGAAUAGUGGGGGGCCGGGGGUGGGGUGCAAGCAGCCAGAUUUGGGAGGAGGUAAAUGAGCAGUUGCUGCCCAUGGGUUUGCUGCAAUGGGGUGCCAUGCUAAGUGUCACAAGAAGCAGGGGUCUUGGAAUUUGAGAGGCUUUGGGGUUGGGGACAAGGCUUAGAAAAGGGACUAAAGUGGGGAAAACCUGCCAUUAACAAACAACCCCCUUCCCCAAAUAAAACCUGUGAGUGCCAGGGGAGGGUAGUGCCCCCCAAAAACCCAGGAGGGAAAGAUCUGGAAAAAUGAAACCAACUCUGAGAGAGAUGGGCGGGGUCAGUGGGGAACAAUACUGCCGCUCCACUCCCACCCACCUUCAGGGCUGGCAAGGAGGAAGCUGCUGGUAGGGUAGAACGGAGAGACGUUCCUACGAUGGGUAUGUACUCCAGUGCUUUCCUGGAAGUGUAGAGAGCUUUGCAGAGCCUGCCUUAGCUGUUCUGAUGUUGAGCACCUAUGGUUCCAGUUGGGCUGGGUCUCAGCUCCUCUAUCUUUGACCCUCAGCAAGCAGGUCUGCCAAUGCAUGGGCUUCUGGGCAGCCUGACCCAGCCUGCCCGGGGCCCUCAGGCCAGUGCCCAGGCUCUGGCUCCGUGUCUUCACUCCCGUGUUUGUCCGAGGAGGGAGGGAGGGACGGGGGCGGUGCUGGGGCAACUGGAACAGCGCAGGUCACCGGGCUGGCUGGGUGAGGUGGCCAGGCAGAGCCAGGGGGCUGCAGGGGAGGCCAUUGGAUGGGGUAUGCUCAUAGUAGCUGGCCAAAAGUCUCAUGGGUCCCAUUUAUCCAGAACCUGCCGUGGAGUGGGGCGAGUUUCUGUUUCUGAGUGUGUGUCCUUAAUUAACUUCUUCCUGUUUCAGCUUCGUUCUUCUGUCUAUGUGGUGAGGGGUGGCAAUUGGGACCACUAAGAUGGAGAAGGAUGUCAGAGGAGCAGAAACCAUGGGAGGGGCCAGUAAGGCUGUGCCCACCUCUCUCUUGCCAGUGCUCUGUUGUGCAGCCUGGUCCUCAAUAUUUCCACCUAAAACCUUUGGCCUACACACACAGAGUGCCUCUGUCCCAGCUGAGCCCAGGAUGGCCCCAUCCUGAUACCUGCAGCCUCCAUCCCCAUAGCUGUUUCCCCACUCACUGCUGAAGUCAGAGAUGGGUCAUCCUCUACAGUGCCCCCCAUGAUUCCUCCUCUAACAGAAAAACCCUUAAACCCCACCACUCAAAGAGAGAGAUGUGGCAUAUCACCUCAGCCCAGCAGACCAUGGCCCGGAGCAGAGCAAAUAGAAGGCCCUGCUGGGCCCUGUACCUUGUUGUGCCUGUAGCCUGCUUGCGGGUGGAUAAUCUCUGCUUAGCCCUCCCUACUCUAGAAGGAAGGGAAUCAAUCAAUGGAUGCAGAUCAAGUGGCAGGACCUAGGCUUGCAGCUCCCAGCUGUCUGGGCACCAACCCAGCCCUUUCUUGAGGUUGGGUGCUUAAUAACAUGUUGCUUCCCAGGACCUGCAGUCCCUGUGAAAGGCAGGUGCCCUGGGCAGGAGGAAGCAGUGUGGUAGGAGCAGAGGGUACCAGGUAGGGGAGUGGUGGGAGGGGCAUUCCGUGUGCACCUCCCAUCUCUGACUCCCUUUUCUCUUGACUCCCCCAAGCACCCUUGAAUCAGAAUACAAUUCCUUCUGUUCUUCUACCAGCUGUCAGCCACUGCCCUGCUCUGUGGACCUUUGGGGACCCUGAAACCAGGUGGGACUCAGCCUGUGAGGCCAAAAGUCCCCAGGGUUCUGGGAUGAAGCACAGCUCCCAUGCCUUAGUAAGCAGGAGAAGGGCUAGGCCAGGCCCUCAACCUGAGACCUGGAAGAGCAGAUCUGAAGGUUGCCCUACCUAGGGAUGGAGGGGUGGCAUCUGGGGAUAUAUACCUUCCAUGUCAGGUCAAAAUCACAGAGGCUGUACACAGUUCCACUCUGCAAUAUGCACACACACACACACACACACACACACACACACACACACACCAUCCAGCACACAUAAAUGCUUGUGCUUACUAAGUGCUAAAGACAAGGAUGUGAUCAUGUAACAAGCUCUUAAGGGUGAAUGCAACCUCAGAAUCUCUCCUUAGUCAGAGAUCUCCACUCCCAGUUGGCUUCAGGGGAGGGGGGUUCAUAGAAAUGGGGCCUAACACAUAAUGGCCUCAUCCUGAGGUCACAGGUUCCUGCCCCCACAUGCUUCUUGACAAGAUGUCCACUCCCCUCUGGCUCAGUCCCCCACCUCUGAUGGCAGCCUGCAGUAUCACAUCCUGGAGUUCUUCACAUCCCACCUUUCCCAUCAACCCGUCAGCAAGGAUAAAGCCCAGGUGAGCACCUGCGGAUCUGCCCCCAGGGCUACACUUGCUGUACUAGUGAGAUGGAGGAGAAUUUGGCCAACCACAGCCGAAUGGAGCUGGAGAGCGCACUCCAUGACAGCAGCCGCGCCCUGCAGGCCACACUGGCCACCCAGCUGCAUGGCAUCGAUGACCACUUCCAGCGCCUGCUGAAUGACUCGGAGCGCACACUGCAGGAGGCUUUCCCUGGGGCCUUUGGGGACCUGUAUACGCAGAACACUCGUGCCUUCCGGGACCUAUAUGCUGAGCUGCGCCUCUACUACCGUGGGGCCAACCUGCACCUUGAGGAGACGCUGGCCGAGUUCUGGGCACGGCUGCUGGAGCGCCUCUUCAAGCAGCUGCACCCCCAGCUGCUGCCUGAUGACUACCUGGACUGCCUGGGCAAGCAGGCGGAGGCACUGCGGCCGUUUGGAGAUGCCCCUCGAGAACUGCGCCUGCGGGCCACCCGUGCCUUUGUGGCUGCACGUUCCUUUGUGCAGGGCCUGGGUGUGGCCAGUGAUGUAGUCCGGAAGGUGGCCCAGGUACCUCUGGCCCCAGAAUGUUCUCGGGCCAUCAUGAAGUUGGUCUACUGUGCUCAUUGCCGGGGAGUCCCGGGCGCCCGGCCCUGCCCCGACUAUUGCCGAAAUGUGCUCAAAGGCUGCCUUGCCAACCAGGCCGACCUGGAUGCCGAGUGGAGGAACCUCCUGGACUCCAUGGUGCUCAUCACUGACAAGUUCUGGGGCCCGUCGGGUGCGGAGAGUGUCAUUGGCGGUGUGCACGUGUGGCUGGCGGAGGCCAUCAACGCCCUCCAGGACAACAAGGACACACUCACAGCUAAGGUCAUCCAGGCCUGUGGAAACCCCAAGGUCAAUCCCCACGGCUCUGGGCCCGAGGAGAAGCGUCGCCGUGGCAAAUUGGCACUGCAGGAGAAGCCCUCCACAGGUACUCUGGAAAAACUGGUCUCUGAGGCCAAGGCCCAGCUCCGAGACAUUCAGGACUUCUGGAUCAGCCUCCCAGGGACACUGUGCAGUGAGAAGAUGGCCAUGAGUCCUGCCAGUGACGACCGCUGCUGGAAUGGAAUUUCCAAGGGCCGGUACCUACCAGAGGUGAUGGGUGACGGGCUGGCCAACCAGAUCAACAACCCUGAGGUGGAAGUGGACAUCACCAAGCCAGACAUGACCAUCCGCCAGCAGAUUAUGCAGCUCAAGAUCAUGACCAACCGUUUACGUGGCGCCUAUGGCGGCAACGACGUGGACUUCCAGGAUGCUAGUGAUGACGGCAGUGGCUCCGGCAGCGGUGGCGGAUGCCCAGAUGACACCUGUGGCCGGAGGGUCAGCAAGAAGAGUUCCAGCUCCCGGACCCCCUUGACCCAUGCCCUCCCCGGCCUGUCAGAACAGGAGGGACAGAAGACCUCAGCUGCCACCUGCCCAGAGCCCCACAGCUUCUUCCUGCUCUUCCUCGUCACCUUGGUCCUUGCGGCAGCCAGGCCCAGGUGGCGGUAACUGCCCCCUAUCCCCAAGGACUGUCUUGGCCAAAACAUGCAACAGACCAUAUUUAAUUCCCUUGGCCUUUUGAGGUCCAGGGCAGGAUAAGGAGACAGUAGCUCUGAGUGCUGGGGCAGGGUGCAUGGGGGGGUCCUGGCCUCCUGGGUCUGGCCACGCCUGUCACCCUAGCUUUUAAUUUUGUAUCAGGUCAGCUGCGAGCCAGUGUCCCCAAAAGCCAUGUAUUUCAGGGACCUCAGGGGCACCUCUGGCUGCACACUCCUCCCCUACCCUCCUGCACCACCCCCAGAAGCUCAUGAGGCCAACCAGAAGGGCGGCUGUUAGCUACAACCCAACGGAGACCUCAAGUGAGCCUGUGCCUUCCUCUCCUGCCUCUUCCCGCUGGGGACUCCCUACCAGACCCCAUGGGCCACAGAUGUCAGAAAUUGAGGCCCAUCCUGCAGCUCCCCAGGAAGCCUGCAAGGGAUGCCAGUAUGUUGCUGUCCAGGCUCUGGCAGGGCCUUCAAGUUUAUGCAUGAUACCUUCUACUCAGAAGAAGCUCUGCAGCCAGGAUCCCCACACACAGCAGACCAGGACCCUGUACCACUGUGGAGCUCAGUGAAUCUGGUUCUCAAAAAAAGACCCACUGUGGGAUUCUCUAGUAUGACGUAGGUGAGGUGGGAGGUGGCAGCUGGCACAGCCAUACUACGCUCAACUCUGCCACACUGUUUGAGGGUAUGUUCCGUCCCCUCAGAUGGGCUCACAAAGACUGGCCUUGGUGGUCCACAUGAGGAGCCUCACUUCAGGGGAACAGCCAGCUACAUCUAGCCCCUACCCCACUUAGAAAGGUCACCUGGCCAUGGGGAUGCUGGGUGGCUGGUGAAACUUUAGCUCAGGGUCAAUGAGACCUGGCACUGCAGGUCAAGAGGAUGCCUGGGCCCCUUCCUGACCCAGGCAGCUCUGCAGGAGCUGGGGCAGCAUUGACAGUCAAGGGCUUUUACAGACAUGCACAUUCAGACCCUCAGUGUCCUUGUCCACUGAGCGCUACAUCUCCAUCUUCCUUGACAGCACUGGAGAGGCUCAGGGCACCACUUGGAAUCUGGUUUCCUCCUAUGGCCUCGAGACCUGGGGGCACCUGGCUUACCAAGGCUGUCAAGGCUCCAUCUUCCCUUCCAGGGCCUAGGGGAUGCUGAGUUGCUAUAUCCAGGAAGGCAGUGGUCCUGACAUGCAGAAGGCCUGGAAAAAAGGCUGCUUACCGCUUUUUUUUUUUUUUAAUUUUAAUUUUUUUUUUUUAACUUUCUUUUAGUCACUGGGUUAGAGAGGCUAUUGCCAGCACAGCACCAAGGCCUGCCCAGUAGUCAGGUCCCCUGGUCCAGGAUGGGUAUUCUCCAUAAUUGGUCUGUGGGUUUGUUGGGCCCAUGCCCUGAGCACACUCAACCCAGCCACAGCCCUGCUAGUGCCACUCAAGCAGGGGCACUGGGAGCUAGACCUGGGCUCUGAGAUGAGUGCCUAGGUGUCAGGACAGCAGCACCCAUGCUGUACAGGGCAGCCGGGACAGUGGCCAGGGUACUGGGUCCUUUCUCUGUCACUCGGUGUCAGUGGAUAAUGUGUGUUCUUUGAGUCCUUGUAUGAAUUAAAGGCUGGGGACCUACAGUGGACAUGACCUCA